AAAGUUAGCAAAUGCAGAUUAAGUCUUUUCCUCAGAAAUGAACUGCAUCCUUUAUGUGCUCACUUUAAGGCCAAGCGAAAUUAUGAAAAUAAGUGCAAAGAACACGACACUAGUGAAGAUAACCACAAGAAAUUGGUAUCCGCUCAGAGCAAUAAUGAAGAGAAGGCACGGCUAAAGUUAUCGAAAGCGAAAACAGCAAUGGAAAAUGCAGAUACCAACUAUCAGACAACAAUAAAGCAAUUAGAAGAAGCACGUAGAGAAUGGGAGCGUGAAAUGGAGAUUUGUUGCAAUGUGUUUCAAGAACUUGAGGAGGAAAGAAUAUCAUUUCUCAGGGAGAGUAUGUGGACAUACACAAACCUUGGAUCAGGAAACUGUGUUAAAACAGACGAUAUCUAUGAAGAUAUUCGUAAAUCAUUGGAAUGCUGUGAUAUUGACAGUGAUAUAUAUUUUGUCAGUUCCAAACAAACUGGAAGUGAAAGGCCUGAUGAAAUUUUUUAUGAAAACUUCUACACUGCACAAAACGAUCAAAAAAUAGCCCUGCCCACACACCAACGAGCUAAUCAUCAUAAGAAUGGAGUUGACCUGCCACCAAUACCAAGCAAUUCAUCAAAAACCAACGAUGAUGACGAGGACGACCCAAACUACUCAACAGUGAGUGACCUCAAGACACCCAAACGUGCAAAGUGGGUGAAAGCUGACUUUGAUUACAAAGCACAGGGUGAUGAAGAACUUAGUUUUCAACAAGGGGACAUGAUAAAAGUCUUACAUGAAGAAGAUGAAACAUGGUGGUUUGGGGAAUGCAAACAUCGUAAAGGGAUGUUUCCAAAACGUUUGUGUCAGUUGUGAAUAAAUGAAUUGGUAAUAGAGACAAAAAUUUUUGUUGAAUUGGCCUUCGCUUUGAAAAUCAUUCGUAACCAUUCAUUAUAGCAAUCGAUAAAACUAACAUUGUAAAACAUCACCCAAAAUCAGCAACAUGUUAAUGAUAGAGUAUAUCACCAUGCAUGCAUUGUGAUCUUAUACAAUAACUUCAUAAAUUUAAAUAAUAAUUAGAUCAUUUUAAAAUUGAACGUAGUUAGGUAUUAAUUAUGAAUUGAAUUUUACAUUUUUGCAAAAUUCAAUUAAAUGUAUACUCGAAUUGAGGAA